AUCUGGCCCUCGAGGAAAUUCGAUAUGAUAGACUCUUCAGCCAUGAGCGGCGCUCCGGUCGCCGAGGACAACAUUAUCAACCGCCGCGGUGGAGAAUCGAUCUACCAGAGCUGCGUCAAUUUGAGGAGGCGGCUAUCCGAAGUUCCCAACUUCGAGUCAUACCUGCAAGAGAUGGACGAUGAUGAUCGCAUAAGAGGGAAUACAGAUCCGGUGGCUUCCCUGUGGAAUUGUCUCAGAAAUGGCUAUCCACUGUUGAGCAUUUAUAAUGCGUCUGGCCCUGAUGAGCCACUAGAAAUUGAUACUGGCAAGGUAACUGAGGCGAAGCGUCCCAAAGCGGCGACCUUCAAGUUCCUACAGGCCUGUUUACAAGAGCUGGCAUUCCCUCAACAAGAUUGCUUUUUGAUCACCGACCUUUACGGCGAGAGUACCACCGGAUUCAUCAAAGUGAUCAAGAUGGUCAAUCGCGUGGUGGACAUUCUCGAGAUGCAAGGUCAAUUAAAGCAAUCUGAAGUUCUAGUGGCUCCCUCCGCGAAGACCAAUGUGAAGCUUACCAAGCGAGAGCAUAUUCUCAAGGAACUUCUGGAGACGGAGCGUGACUAUGUUCAUCACCUGCAGAACCUCCAAGCGCUCAAGAAGGAACUGGAAGAGACGGGUGCUUUGACAGGCGAUGCGAGCCAUCAGAUUUUCCUCAACUUAAACAACCUACUAGACUUUGCCCAACGGUUCCUGAUUCGCAUGGAGCAGCAUUACGCCUUGCCAGAAGAAAUGCAGAAUUGGGGUCACCUUUUCUUCCUGCAUGAAGAUGCUUUCCGCCAGUAUGAGCCUUUCAUUGCCAACCAGAUGCGUUGUGACGAAGCUUGUAUGCAGGAAUGGGACAAAAUAAAAAAUGCGCCACGCCAUAUAGAUCUGCAACAAAUGGUCGCUCAGCCGAAAACGCUCAAUGGUUUCUUUGUGAAACCCUUCCAGCGUUUGACUCGAUACCCGCUAAUGCUCUUGGAGCUACGCAAACAAUUAGAAGACGAGCAACUCCAGGCCGAUAUCACACAUGCAGUCAAUUGUAUUCAGACUGUGUUGGACUUUGCUAACGAGGCAAUCCACAAAGAACAUUUGGCUGCGGCGGUAGUUGAUCUAUCUGAGCGCGUGGAUGACUGGAAAGCAUUGAAGAUGGAGUCAUUUGGAGAUCUCCUUCGAUUUGGCACUUUCCAAGUUGUCAAGGGAGACAGUGGAAAGGAUAGCGAGAGAGAGUACCAUAUAUAUCUCUUCGAGCGAAUACUCCUUUGUUGCAAAGAUAUCAACCCCAACAAGCAAAAGUCUAAGCUUAUGAUGCAGAAAGAUAAGCCGUCGUUGAAUGCGAAAGGAAAGGCUCGUCUUCAACUGAAGGGUCGAAUCUACAUGGCCAACGUCACAGAUAUUGUUUGUCUUCAAAAGCCCGGACUCUACCGCAUUCAGAUUUUCUGGAAAGGAGACCCUGGUGUUGUCGACAAUUUUAUCAUCCGAUAUGUAAACGAAGACACCAUGCGGAAUUGGUACAAGGACAUUGACACCCAACGGGCGAUCCAAGCAGAGCGACGCAAUUUGCGCAAUACUGGUACAUCCGACAGCGAGUUCACAUACAUGGAGGGCAUGGCGCACAUGCCUAACCCCUAUCAACAAGAGUAUGAUACCGAUGACGCCAACAACAAAGAUGCAUACCAUUCCGAAUUCCCCAUGAGCCGAAAUGCAUCCAGUACUAGUCUGAGAACCCGAUCUGCCACUGGUGGCAGCACCACCUCUGUUCCUCACCCUAACACCCGACCGCGCUAUGCGGGAACUGAUCCAACGCUUUCGGUGCACACUCAGUUCUCUGGCAACGGAAGCAUGUCCCCGGGUGAUCGAAACGUGAGCUCCUACUUUUCCCCCACGGCGGAGACUCCUUCCACGAGAUCGAGUUCUCAAUCCGCAGGAUUUUCCUUCAGCCGUCAGAAUACAAAUUCUACCACUCCAUCAUCAGCCUGGAAUGAGGAUUCCCUUCGCUACACAGCACCAGCGUUGUCUCGUGUAACAUCGCGAGAAGGGUCAACCUCUGGCGGAUAUUUCCCACCUCAGCCUAGUGGAAGAGGUGCUCAGCGUCCAUCAUUGCCUCCACUCUCGGGCCCGCAGGCUCACUCCGCAAAUGGCAUGGCCCAGCGGAUGCGAUCGGCUAGUAGCCCUGAUAUUCAUCACCACAAUAGCAAUUCUGAGUCACGGCGUUAUAUGGGAGUGCACACUAUGCAGACAGUCGACAAUGUCCCCGUGCCACCGAUUCCUGCACACAUGGCCAACAUGAAAGCCCCCGUCAACCGCAGCCAGAACGGUUCGCCCACCAACACUCAACUCCCCCUUCGUACCCAGCCCCAACUCCACACCACGCAUUUCAACGAGCCGGAAUAUAACGAUAGCCGCCAUUCUGGGCAACUCUCCGAUCAUGCCACAUCGCCCCUGACCCAAGAGCCAGAGGAUGGAGACUACAUGCCCACUCAACUCAAGGCUAAGGUGAAUUUUGACGACAACUAUGUCACGCUGGUCAUUGCGACCAACAUUUUGUUCCGUUCAUUGACGGACCGCGUGGAUGCCAAACUCGCUCGGUUCACCGAUCGAUCUAUCGGAAACAAGACCGUUCGACUGCGCUACCGCGAUGAAGAUGGUGAUUUCGUCACGAUUGAUAGCGACGAGGCGGUCCAGCUUGCUUUCAUGGAGUGGCGGGAACAACAUCGUGACAUGCUCGCCAAGGGCUUGGUGGGAGAGAUUCAACUCUACUGCCAGGUGGUCGAUUAGAUCAUUCGUUUUCUUUGCUUUCCCGCUCAUUCUUGACUUAAUACCUCCCUUGAUUCCCCCCCCCCCCCACGAGGAUCGCGUCGAUCCCCGUCUUUUCAACGCUUUGCAUCGCCUGUGGCGCUCGUUCUUCCUAUCCUGACCCUUAUUGUUCCAACUGGAUUGGCUUGGAACUGUUGAGCAG